AUGAAAAAUAAACAAAAAAUUUCGCCUUCUUCCACAUCGGAUACUUUUGCCGAAAAUAUACCGGCAAUUUCUGUACCAUUUCCACCAAAUAUAACAUCAGACGAUUAUCUUAAAAGAAGAAUAGAUGGCAGUCUUCCGAACAAAUCAGUGAAUUCUUUUAUGCUCUACCGAAUAGCAUUCAAUAAAGAAUUUCGUACAAAAGGAUUAAAUGUAAGACAACGCAUAUUAUCUCGUCAAGUCUCGGAUUCUUGGCAGAAUGAACCCGAACACGUAAAACGAAUGUAUAGGCAUCUUGCGAUAAAAGCUCAACAAGAACUUGAUCAACUGCGUACAUGUAAUUUUGGAUCCGUCCCACUUUUCAUCUUUGCGGCAAAACCUUUUAAUUCAGAUAUAAUCAAUGACGAUUCUCCAGGAGCAGAAGCAGCGCCAAACUCGAUCCAAAUCACAUCUACAAAUAGCAAUCACGACGAAAAAAACCCUUUUAAUUCGGAUAAUAUUUAUUUUAAUGAAAAUGAUGAUUCAUCAAUGUUCUUUCCAGCAGAGGCAGCGCCAGACUCGUUCCAAAUUACAUCUGUGAAUAACAACAAUAACGGCGAAAACUCUUUUAAUUCAGAUAAUAUUAAUUCUUAUGAAACUGUAAUCAAUGAUAAUUCCCCAAUGUUCUCUCCAAUAGAAGCAGCGCCAGACUCGUUCCAAAUUAUCAAUAACGACAAUAAUGACGAAACCACUUUUAAUUCAGAUAAUAUUGAUUCUUGUGGAAUUGUGAUCAAUGAUAAUUCGCCAACGUUCUUUCCCGCAGAAGCAGUACCAGACUCGAUUCAAAUUAUCAAUAACGACAAUAACAACAAAACACCUUUUAAUUUGGAUAAUAUUAAUUCUUAUGAAAACAUAAUCAAUGAGUAUUCUCCAAUAUUCUUUUCAGCAGAAGCAACGCCAGUCUCGAUCCAAAUUAAUUUUACCAAUUAUAAUUCAGAUAAUAUUAAUUAUUAUGAAAAUAUAAUCAACGAUAAUUCUUCAAUGCUCUUUCCAACAGAAGCAGCGUCAGACUCGUUCCAAAUCACAUCUAUCAAUAAUGACAUUAACGACGAAAACCCUUUUAAUUCAAUCAUGAUCAAUGAUAAUUCCCCAAUGCUCUUUCCAACGGAAGCUGUGCCAGACUCGAUCCAAACUACAUCUACUACCAAUAACGAAAAUUAUAUACAAGAUUCUAAAAAUCAUUUAAAUAAUUUUCUACAAAUAUCAUCUGACGGAACUUUCAUAAACUAUUCAACAUUCUAA